AUCCGUGCGUCAGUCUCCCGUCUUUUUCAUUUUAAAUUGACCUUGUGUUUUUUCACCUCCUCCUCUUCCUCCUCCUCCAUCACCUGUUUCCUUUUGGUUCCCUCACCCCGUCCUCCUCCUCCCGGUGAAUCGAUCAGACCCCGAAUCCCAUCACUUCUUUCUCACCAUCUCUGUUCGCGCCCCCUCCCGGUUUCCUCUCGAUAUCUAGGUUUUGAUUUCGCUCCCCUUAUCCUCUCCCUCUUCGCUCCAUCGGAGCUGCGUCCGCCGGCUGCUAGCGUCGUCGGAGCUGAUCCCUUGGCCCGGAGGCGAUGCAGCACGGUUUUGAUAUUAAUGUGCUCUGCCAAGAAGCUCAGAAACGUUGGCUGAAGCCUUCGGAAGUUUUCUUCAUCUUACAAAAUUAUAAGCAAUUUCCUCUCACUCCAGAGCCACCUCAUCUGCCACCUAGUGGCUCUUUGUUUCUUUUCAAUCGUAAGGUACUUCGAUUUUUCCGUAAGGAUGGCUAUAUGUGGCGGAAGAAGAAGGACGGAAGAACUAUUGGGGAAGCACAUGAGCGGCUGAAGGUUGGGAAUGUUGAUGCUUUGAGUUGUUAUUAUGCCCAUGGGGAGCAAAAUCCUUAUUUCCAGAGGCGUAUUUUUUGGAUGCUGGAUCCGGCAUAUGGACAUAUUGUUCUUGUUCACUACAGAGAGGUAGCUGAGGGAAGAUAUGUUUCUGGAUCAAUCUCAAACUUUUCAACAGAAUCUUGUUCAAACUUGAAUCAAACCACUAGUAUUAUUAAUGCCGAUAAAGGCAUUAAUUCUGGAACUACUGAAUUAAAUGAACCGUAUUACAGUCCAGGAUCAACAGAAGAAGUUAGCUCCAAGUUUGUCUUAGAGAACUUUGAAGCAAACCGCAACAAUCUAUUGGAUAGAUUAGAAAACCCUGACAAAAAACCACAGCCCGAGGUCAACCAAGCAUUACGGAAUCUUGCAGCACAGUUGAGUUUGGAUGAUGAUGAUGAUGAUGACUCCAUUUACUUUCGAGAAGUACUGCCUGCAUACUCUACACAGAAUGAGAGUACACUAGGCUUAGGACAUUUACAUUAUGAACAAACAGAGUUUUCUCAGGCACAUGAAAAUCUUCUCCAAGGAUUAGAGUUAAGAGGACAUGGCGAAAUUAAUGAAGCUGAAAAGCAGCAAAGUUAUGCCACUACCCAACUGCCAAAAGUUUUAGGUGAUCAUGGAGCAAAACAAAGUGAACCACUAUAUCUGGAAUCUCCCUCAUGGACAGAUGUACUGACAUCGAGCUCGAGUUCUGCAGGGGUAAAUCGCCAUGGAAGGAACUCAAAUUUCUUGGCUUUAAAUGGCAUUCUUGAUUCUUCCAUUCCCAAGGAUACACUUCGUCCUUUUUUAGACAGGGAGAAAAUAUCUGCAAAUUCAUUUGUACCAUCAGAAAAUUUGGAUUGUUAUAAAGCAGUAGAUCAGUCUAACGGUCAUGAAAUUUUGGAGAGUGACUUGCAUCUCCAACUAUCAGCUACUAGAAGGUUUCUGUUAGGGUCUGAGAACUCUAUCGAAUCACCAUCCUCUGUUUCACAUCUUAAAGCAUCUGACAUCCACCAUACUUCUGGUGAAAUUACUUAUGAAGCAAGCAGUAGAAAAGAAAAUAGCACUGAUUGGAUGGGAACUAUUCCUGUAACUCCUGGAAACACCACAUACACAUCAGAAUUCUCAAGCAUGUUGUUCGAUAAUAAUCAUUUUGGAGCUUCUCUUGGAACAGAUUCAAGUUUGACUGUGGCACAGAAACAGCGGUUCAGCAUCCGUGAAAUUUCUCCAGAAUGGGCAUUUUCUUAUGAGAGCACCAAGGUUAUCAUUACUGGAGAUUUUCUUUGCAAUCCCUUGGAGUCUCCCUGGGCAGUCAUGUUUGGUGACAUUGAGGUUCCUUCUGAAAUUGUUCAAGAAGGUGUACUUCGUUGCCAAACUCCACAACAUAGUAGUGGCAAAGUCACCCUAUGUGUCACAUCUGGGAACAGAGAAUCCUGCAGUGAAGUACGAGAAUUUGAAUUUCGUACUAAGCCUACCACCUCUAGCUCUGGAGAUAUAUGUACAACUGAUGCAGCAAAAAAUUCUGAAGAAUUGUUGCUCCUUGCUAGACUAGUACAAAUGAUGUUAUGUGGAUACGAUGGUUCAACAAUUGCAAAAGGUGCUAUCGAAACUCAACUUGAGAAUUCUAGAAAAGUGAAUACAACAGAUGAACGCUGGCAGCAAAUCAUUGAGGCACUCCAAAUGGGCUGUGAUAUUUCACUAGACACCAGAGACUGGAUCAUGCAAGAACUAUUAAAAGACAAGCUACAGAAUUGGCUGUCAUUGAGACGUCAGAGCAAUGAACAAACAGGUUGUUUGUUGUCAAAGCAAGAGCAAGGCAUUAUACAUUUAAUUUCUGGUCUUGGAUACGAGUGGGGUCUAGGUCCAAUUCUUGAUUUUGGUGUUGGCAUAAAUUUCCGUGAUUCAAAUGGAUGGACAGCCCUGCAUUGGGCUGCACAUUAUGGCAGAGAGAAAAUGGUAGCUGCACUUCUUGCUGCUGGUGCAUCAGCUGGGUUAGUCACUGAUCCCACCACACAAGAUCCACUAGGCAAAACACCAGGAUUCCUAGCCUCUGCUACAGGUCAGAAAGGUCUUGCUGGAUAUCUUUCAGAAGUUGCUUUAACUAGCCAUCUCUCUUCUCUCGUUAUUGAAGAAAGCGAGAUAUCCAAGGGUUCUGCUGAGGUGGAAGCAGAAAGAGCUGUUGAGAGCAUAUCUCAGAGAAGUGUUGAAAUACGUGGUGGAACUGAAGAUGAACUUUCUCUAAAAGAUUCUUUGGCAGCUGUCAGAAAUGCAGCUCAAGCUGCUGCUCGCAUACAAGCUGCCUUCCGUGCCCAUUCGUUCAGGAAGAGACAACUAAAAUCUGCUUGGAGUUGUGAUGAUUAUGGUAUGACCCCAGGAGACAUACAAGAACUUUCAGCAGCGUCAAAGGGUCAUCGCCUUUAUCAUGGUUCACAUGAUCAUAAUUUUGAUAAAGCAGCUCUAUCUAUCCAGAAAAAGUACCGAGGUUGGAAGGGACGUAAAGACUUUCUUACUUUGCGCCAGCAUGUAGUGAAGAUACAGGCUCAUGUAAGAGGCCAUCAAGUACGAAAGAAGUAUAGAGAAUUUGUUUGGACAGUUAGUGUCAUUGAAAAGGUCAUAUUGCGGUGGCGUAGGAAAGGAGUUGGCUUACGAGGGUUUCGGGCUGAACCAGAAAUGGUCCGUGAUGAGGAAGAAGAAGACAUAACUAAGAUUUUCAGGAAGCAAAAAGUGGAUGCAGCUGUCGAUGAAGCUGUUUCAAGGGUUCUGUCGAUGGUAGAGUCCCCUGACGCAAGGCAGCAGUACCGCCGCAUGCUUGGGCGAUACCACGAAGCCAAGGCUGAGUUUAGCAAUUCAGAUGAAGCAACAUCAAGACUUCGAGAUGAUUUAGAGGCCAUAGACAAUGACUUUAUUUAUUGACGCAGAUCAACAUCUUGCACUUACUAAAUGAUGUGAAGCUUGAGAGAAUUUAAAUGGUUGCUGUGUUGAUAAUUUUAUGGGAUUUAACAGCUUAUACAUAGUGUUUGAUGUAAAUUAUAUAUACUGUUGUAGAUAUAAAUUAAUGACACAAUAGCUUGUAAGGCAAUUAGGGUGCUGCUUCUGAUAUAACUGAAAUCUGGAAAUGUGUUCUUUCUUGUAUGUCUAUUGAAUGCAAUGGAAAAAUUAUUUGUAAUGAA